ACCUCUCGCUUGUGCAAGAUGGCGCACCAGCAGGCGGCGAAGGAGGCGAUCCCGCUGAUGACGCCGUACAAGAUGGGGCAGUUCGAGCUCUCCCACAGGGUGGUGCUCGCGCCGAUGGCGCGGUUCCGCUCCUACGGCAACGUGCCGCAGCCGCACGCGGCGGUGUACUACUCGCAGCGCGCCACCAGGGGCGGCCUCCUCAUCGCGGAGGCCACGGGUGUGUCCACCACCGCGCAGGGCUACCCGCACACGCCAGGCAUCUGGACGCGGGAGCAGGUCGAGGCGUGGAAGCCUAUCGUCGACGCCGUCCACCGCAAAGGCGCGUUCUUCUUCUGCCAGAUUCUGCACGUCGGCAGAGUCUCCUCGACCGAUUUUCAGCCUAACGGACACGCGCCGAUCUCAAGCACAGACAAACAGAUCUCCCCCAACAUUGAGACCGGCAAGGUGUACUCCAAACCACGACGGCUCCGGAAGGAGGAGAUCCCCGGGAUAGUCGACGACUUCAGGCGCGCAGCGCGGAACGCCAUCGAGGCCGGGUUCGACGGUGUGGAGAUCCACGGCGCGCACGGGUACCUCAUAGAGCAGUUCAUGAAGGACAGCACCAAUGACCGCACUGACGAGUACGGCGGCAGCCUUGAGAACCGGUGCCGCUUCGCGGUGGAGGUCGUCGACGCCGUCGUCCGAGAGGUGGGCGCGAACCGCGUCGGCAUGAGGUUGUCGCCGUUCAUCGACUUCAUGGAGUGUGUAGACUCUGACCCAGUGGCGCUCGGCAGCCACAUGGUGCAGCAGCUCAACAAGCAUGAUGGCUUCCUCUACUGCCACAUGGUCGAGCCUCGGCUGUCCUACAAUGGCAUGUUUGUUGUCGACGGUCGGAGGCAGAUCCCACACGGGUUGUUGCCGUUUCGAAAGGUCUUUAAUGGGACGUUCAUCGCUGCUGGGGGUUAUGACCUAGAGGAAGGCAACAACGUAGUGGCCAAUGGCUAUACAGAUCUCGUUGCUUAUGGAAGGCUUUUCUUGGCAAACCCAGACCUGCCUAAGAGGUUUGAGCUAGGUGCACCAUUGAACAAGUACGACCGUUCCACCUUCUACACACAAGACCCUGUUAUCGGCUACACCGACUACCCUUUCCUUGACGAAGACCAUGAUGACUCAGUUGCUCAUGCUUAAUCAUGCAGUUCAGUGAGUGAUUGCACUUGUCUU